UUCUCCGUGGCUAACACCCAUCAGCUCCAGCCUGCUUUCAUGCUGAUUUGUUCGUAGGACAUAGGGACCUAGAUGGGACCCUGCUCCCCAAAAAAUUGGCUGCGUCUUGUACCUGAACCAUAAGAUUUUUGUGGCAGGGUGGAGCAAGAGAGUGACGUGGUAUCUAGACACUAAAGAACAGCAGAAAGUGAUUGAGUGCAAGCAUUGGAAGUCCUACCACUCUGCUGACAUUUUGUGCAUGGACAAUCACAACAGUAAGCUCUUGGUGACAGCGUCUUGCAACGGAGACAUCGUCCUUUGGAAUGUCAACUCUGGGCAGGCGUUCUGCCGGUUCAAUGCAUCUGAGAGCCCCCUGGGGCUUGCUCCUAAAAGGGAGUUCUCUGUGGGUGAGGGUCCCAUCCUGCACAGUGGUCCAAAGAAGACAGGCUGCUCCCAUCGUCAGACUUUAAAGAAGUGCUGGGCAUGCUCAAGAACAGCUGCCCCCUUAAGGCCUGCCCUCCCUUCCCGACCCAGCAGUGCAAACAACCCUCCAGCCAUGUUUUCUGUGCACCACAGGCGUCCAGCAUCUGCUGUUUCCGGAAGCCGCAUCAUGUGGCCCCAGGCAGCCUGGAGCCCUGAAGAAAGUAACAAGAGCGGUAACAUUCUCCUCUCCCACCACAGUGCUGCUGAGAUUAGGAAAGAUGUCCCAACCUGGCAAGAGGAAGUCAGCGCCUCCCAGGUUGCCAUAGAGAAGGUCCUCUUUCUGAAUGCUCGUGAGAGAGAGCCUAACACAGCCAUUUUGCUGACCAGCUGUUCGGAUGGGUAUAUCUAUGCUUGGGCAGUCGGCACCAAUGGUGGGAUGAUGGGCAAAUUUCAAGGAGCCCAUGGGAAUGCCCGGGACACAGUGGUUAGUGCCAUGUCCACAGAUGACAAGAACCUGGUCCUCUUUACCGGAGAUUCCUUGGGCUACAUUAAGAUCUGGGACAUCAUGCAUUACUGCACACCAGCAGAGGAAGAAGAUCCCGAACCAGAAAUGAGUGACGAGUUGCCUCCUGAGCCGAAUGCUUUUCGGGGCUUAAUUCCUGACUACUGUAGAUUUCCUUCAAAAGUCCAGAGCUCUGAAGAAACCAAGCAGGAAUAUCACGGCUGGGUGACCUCUUUGAUUCCUCCCGACUGCCUGAACUCUUGGAAGGGGCACCUGAGGAAUGUGGUCAGCAUCAAAUACAUAGAAAGAUUCAGAGCAAUUCUCACUUCCAGCCAUGAUGGUGCAAUCAAGCUCUGGUUGCUGUCGGGCAGGCACAUUGGGACAUUUGGGCAGUCAGUGUGGAAGCUGGGAAUACAGCACCUGACAGCAGCGGAGGUGCCAGAGGACAUCCGCCGUGUGGGCUCCCUGCAUACCCUGAGGGUCCUGAAUGAAGGCCGGAGACCCCACUGGGAGAGCACCCGUAACAUCGUCGAGACGCUGAGCCAGCAGAAGAGGCAGCAGUGCUUGCUGAUGGAUUUCCUGCACGUGAAGUCAUCCCUCGCAGGCGGUGCUGCCAGCAAGAUGCACGAGAUGAUCCAGAAAGAAACGCGGAUCGCCCAAUACACGGAUGACCAAAUUGAGGCCUCUUUUCAGAAGUGGGAAGAAUCGGGAAAGCAGAAGAGCGACAUCCUGGGCCAUGCCUACAAGCAGAAGGGACAGCGCUCCAUGUUGAAGCUGCUCCCGGAAGUAAAGGCCUGUGUGGCCAACAAGGACCAGCCCCGGAUCUACCAUUGCAUCCAGUACACAGAUCUCCACCCGAUGAUCCACCCUCAUGUCCCCGACAUCCUGGCAGAGUCCCAGCAGAUGCAGGCAGUGGCAGAGCAGCGGACGGCCAAGAAGAAGUUCCGGCGGUGGUCGGCCCUCACGGGCUUUGUCGUGAAGCCCACCCUGAGGAGCUACAUGUUGCGCAAGCAGGGUCUGUAUGCCAAGGACUGAGCUGGCAGGGAGAGCAAGUCCUUCAGGCAAGAGGCAGAGGUUAUCUAAUCAAAAGGGGCCUGCUGCGGGAG